AUGAAGUCCGCACAGUUGUCAAAACGAGCUGGGUUCCUCCUGGCCACUGCUCUGACAAUAUCGAUAGUCCUGGUUGUGGGGCCUGCCCCCGUCACAUCCCUCCCCGUCUCCUCCUCCUCCUCUGUGCAUGGAUCCGACUAUUCUUAUCCCGAUCGUCAUGCACCUCUACCACAACAACAGCAACAACGCAAAGCUGCCCCUGACGCCCAUGCCUCUGCUCCACCUUCAAAGAUGUUGGAGCCUGUUGCCCAAGGCGUGGACCAUGAACCGCCAGCAGUACCGACAACACACGAGGCAGCACACGAUGGUAUCGAAACAUCACCAUUGCCAACACCUACAACACCUAAACAUCCACCACAACCACCAAAACCUAUCAAUAAGAACGCCUUUCGGAUCGUCAACCCUGAGCCUAAUGACGUCUGGACUUCAGGCAAGGCUGAGACCAUGAGCUGGGAAGACUUGGAUCUCCCCGACCAGGUCACCUUCGAUAUCACCUUAAUCCCCGAGGACCCCAUCUCCAACCCCAAGGCACUCCUUUUCACCCGCCGACCCACCCUCCGCUAUGUCGUCGCAGAGGAUCGGUUCCUGGACAUGAUUAUCCCUUACGACUUGAUCUCCCAGGAGCAGUUGCUUAAAGUACAGGAGACCAAUGCCAACUUUACAUGGACCCAACCCGAUCCUACGCCUUCGCCCAUACCGACUCCUGUAGAAGAACUUGCAGAAGAAUUAACGCCAUCGCCAUCGCCAUCGCCAUCGCCAGCACCUGCACUGGAGGCGAUUGAUUCUCGAGCUCGUCUGUAUAUCACCGCCUAUGUCGGCAGGACCAACAAGAUGAUUGCCCAAAAAAGCGUCUACCCUGUCGUGAUACGCAAGGACCCAGAGUGGGACAGACGGGUACCUCGGCCCGAUGCUCUUGUAGCGCCACCAACGUCGUUUUCGGAUGAUACGGACGAUGAUAUGGACGAGGAUCUGGACGAGGAUCUGGACGCAGGACACCCAGAGGAUAUGUUGGAGAAGAAGGACUCUGAACUGGCUCAUCUGGAUGAUCAUGCGGCGGCUGCUGAGGGCGGCCAUGAACAUGCUGAUGGUGAUUCUGAUAUGGAGGAAGGUGAGGAGGAGGAUGAAGAAGAAGGAGAGGAGCAUCAUCACCAUACUUUUGGCAGCUGGGUGACGGAGACCUUUGAUGAUUGGAAAGGGCAAGGAGACGAUGAGGGAGAAGAGUCGGCUGUGGGAGAAGGGUCGGCUGAGGGAGAAGGGUCGGCUGAGGGAGAAGAGUCGGCUGAGGGAGGAGUGGAUGAGAUUGAGGAGGAGAAUGCGCUCAACGCCCAUACGCCUACUUCCGAUGAAACUGGCGAAAACGCUGAUUCUUCCAACACUACCCAACCCGAAGACGACUCUACGCACAUGCAUUCACAUACGGAAGAAGGAGGUGAGUCCAAGUCUGAGGAGGAGGGCGAAGGAGACGGAGGGCAUCACCACGAGCACACGCACGUCAUCGACCCCAACCACUUCCAAAACGACGCCGACGUUGCAAUCUGGGAGGAGCACGCCGACGAGCCCGGAUACAACCCACCCAUCACCAUCGAGGACGCAGGAACCAUAAACAUCUCUCGUUGGAUCGACAACAAGGAACGCUUCUUUGUCGGGGCCCCCUACGUCAUGGCCUGGACCUUCCCCUCAGAAUCCGAGGGCCUGACAGGAACAACCAACGUCUAUAUCGAGGAUGCAAAGACGGCGCAGCGGUACGAUAUUGCGGCGGGUGACUUGCCGAGCGAUGUACGGUUUAUUUAUCUGCGACCAAGUGCGUUGUUGGUGAGCGCGAUCCCGAAGAAAAAGAUCUUUGUCCGGGCCAGGGUCGAGAUGGACUUGUUCUGGGCUGGGACUAUUCAGCGGUAUACUGGGUUCUCCAAGACUUUCUAUGUCGAGCGCGGUGCCCUCUAG